ACGUCCAUUCUGUUCGGGAGUAUUAUGGUCUGUCGGGAAUUCAGAGUGGCUGGGACUAGAGAGAAAAAUAUCUGCUCUGCUAGCGUUAGCAUCCAGCAAGCUAACGGUAGGUAGCACUGGAGUAAACAUGGAGCUGUCUGCCGUCGGGGAGAGGGUGUUCGCGGCCGAAUCUAUCAUCAAACGGCGAAUAAGGAAGGGUCGGAUUGAAUACCUAGUGAAAUGGAAGGGCUGGUCUCCCAAAUACAGCACUUGGGCAGAGGAGAACAUCUUGGACUCCCGCCUGUUUGCGGCUUUUGAGCAGAGGGAGCGUGAGAGGGAGCUGUAUGGGCCCAAAAAGAGAGGACCAAAACCCAAGACCUUUUUGCUGAAGGCCAAAGUUCAAGUUAAAGCCAAGUCCUAUGAGUUUAGAAGUGAAGCAGUCCGAGGAAUGCAAAUCACCUACCCAACUCCAGAGCCGGUCGUCACUCCCAGGGCCAGAGAGGGCCUGAGGGCAGUCGUUCCCACCAUUUUCCCUCCCAGCACCGUCAACCGCGGGGAAAGCAUACGUGUCCGACCUCCAGAGCUGGCCCGUGGUGACCUCCAGCAGCCUCCCCCUCAGCAGAACAGUCCUGAGGGGCCCAUCCACCUACCCAAGAAAAGAGGCCCGAAGCCUAAACCCCGUUUCAAAGACGGCAGCUGUAGCCACGCCAUCUCUGAGUCCCACAAGAGAAGAGUAGAGGAUCAGGUGGACCCAAGUCCGCACAAACUACCCAAAAUGCAGCGCAUGGAAGGAAUGAGGCUGGGCAAAGUCUCCCACAGACACACAGAGAACCACAGUCACAGCCAUAAACAUCACUACCAUCGCCACCACCACCACCACCACCACCACCACUCCACACACAGCGGCUUCAUCUCCAGCGACGGCUCCUACGAACAGCUCUACUCGCACCGCGGCCUGCAUUCUCACAGGACAGACGCCACCAUACACAGGACUAAGGACUCACACGGCUGUGGCUACCUGGCCCCUGCGCACUUCAAGCACCAGCCCAAAAUGGGCCUGGGCCGACCCGCCACCACCAGCGCCGAGCUCCCGCAGAUGGAGAAGCCGUAUUUCUUGGACAGGCCAUCUCCAACCCGGCUGGACGACGACUUGGAUGAAAGUAUGUGGAAGCCGUCCCUCGGCAGGGAGAAGGUCCUGGUGACGGACGUGACCACCAACUUCCUGACAGUCACCAUCAAAGAGAGCAGCACUUCAAAAGGCUUUUUUAAAGACAAAAGAUGAUUACUGGAGUGAUUCCUUUCUGCGGCGGGGUUAUUCGGUUUAUAGUGUGAUUAAGCAAAGCAGCCUUUUGUAUGUAAUGUAUAAAGAAAUUACAUAAUGUGGAUAUGUGUAUAUAUUAUAAAAUUGGACAACUAUUUAAUGUAUUGACCAAAUGAAGUCCAUUUCAUACUGUGCAGUGGGUAACUGUUCAUGAGCAUGUCCCCUCUGCAGCAGCUGGCUACUUUGUGUACAGACCUUGUGAAUCCUAUUUUGCAAAUGUACCUAGAAUGUAUUUUUGUCACCGAAUCCUCCAGCCUGUGCUCAUAAAUGGGGAGAGGUGAGGCUAAAUAUUUCUAAUUUGAACUAAUUGGAUUGAAUUCAACCGCUGGUUCAAUGGGGGUUUGUAUUUAAAAAAAAAAAAAAAGAAAUGCUCAAGCACUUUGAAAUGAAAAGUAUUAAAGAAUCCGUUUGUGUUGUGUUCAAAGACCCGUUUUCUCUCCGUUAACAGCAUGACUGAUGCUGUGUUUGUUCUACUGUUGACAUUUCUAAUUGUAGGCCUACACGAAAUUAAUAUAUUUAAUAAGUUCGUCCCCGAGAUGCACACCGGUUGCUAUUAUUAUUUUUCCAUUAACCUAUAAUAUAUUUUACAUUUUCAUAGAAAACCUUCAUGAAGCUUUGAUGUAACAAGAAUUACAGAUACUGUGUCAAAUUGCUUUUUAGACGCUUUUCAAUAAAUCAUUUGAAUUUUCUCA